GGGAAGGAACCUCCCUAAGUUCAAUCUCUAUAUUGAUUAAAGAAUCCAUUCGUGUAACCCAAACCUUACGCUUGCAGCAAUGUAUCCCCCAAGAGUCAACUCUUCCCUAUGAAAAGACUCUCUCCCUCUCCCUGAAACCUCAGCAAAAUGGGCUCCCUAGAAACCGAGAAACUGGUCCAAGAGUCCCUCUCCGACCACCACCGUCCGCCGCCCUCUGCCGCCGCCGCUUUCCAACCGAAAGCUUCCAAGAACCGCCUCUUCUCCCUCCUCCUCGAGCCCAUCCAAUGGCUCCAGAUGCUGUCCGCCAACCUCAACCCGACCUUCAUCCUCGGCGUCUUCGUCGUGUACGGCCUCAACCAGGGCUUCGCCGGCUCCUUCUUCAGGGUCGUCUCCGACUUCUACUGGAAGGACGUGCAGCGGGUCCAGCCCUCCUCCGUCCAGCUCUACAGCGGCCUCUACUACAUCCCCUGGAUCAUGAAGCCCCUCUGGGGCCUCCUCACCGACGUCUUCCCCGUGAUGGGCUACCGCCGGAGGCCCUACUUCGUCGCCGCAGGGGUCCUCGGGGCGACCUCGGCGAUGGCGGUGGCGGCCGGGGGCAGGCUGCCGGUGCCGGAGGCGCUGGCGUUCCUGGUGGGGCUGACCGCCGCCGUGGCCAUCGCCGACGUGACCAUCGACGCGUGCGUGGCGCGCAACAGCAUCGAGAUGGCGGCGCUCGCGCCGGACAUGCAGAGCCUCUGCGGGCUGUGCUCGUCCGCCGGAGCAUUGAUUGGGUACUCCACCAGCGGCUUCUUCGUUCACCAUAUCGGAGCUCAGGGAGCUCUGGGGAUAUUAGCAAUCCCGCCAGCUUUGUUGAUAGGUCUUGGUUUUGUAAUUCAUGAAGGGAGGACAGACGCUCUACAUUCCGAGAAGAAGCAAAAGGCCACGGAGAAGAUAGGAGUAGCAAUGAGAGGCAUGUACGAAACAAUCAAGCUCCCCCAAGUAUGGAAGCCAUCCCUCUACAUGUACCUCUCCUUCUCCCUCAACAUAAGCACGCACGAAGGCCAGUUCUACUGGUACACCGACCCCGAGGCCGGCCCGGCCUUCUCCCAGGAGUUCGUCGGCAUGGUCUACGCCGUCGGCGCGCUCGCCUCCAUGGUCGGCGUCCUCAUCUACCAGAAAGCCCUCAAGGACUGCCCGUUCCGGAAGCUCCUGUUCUCCGUGCAGUUCCUGUACGCCAUCACGGGGAUGCUCGACCUCGUCUUCGUCCGGAGGUGGAACCUGGCGCUCGGGGUGCCCGACUCGUUCUUCGUGAUCGCGGAGGAGUGCGUGUCGCGGGUGGUGAGUAGGAUCCGGUGGAUGCCGAUGAUCGUGCUCAGCACCAAGCUGUGCCCGCUGGGGAUCGAAGGGAUGUUCUUCGCGCUGCUCAUGUGCAUCGACAGCCUGGGGUUCCUGAGCUCCAAGAUGGGGGGAGGGCUGGUGCUGCGCCUCAUGCACGUCACGAGGACGGACUUCAGGAACCUGUGGCUGGCCCUGCUGAUACGGAACGUGCUGCGGCUCGCCACGCUGGGGUUGAUCUUCCUGGUCCCGGAGGCGGAGCAGUCCGACGCCAUCGUCGCUUCCGGCGCGUUCAGCAAUAAGAACGGAAGCACGGACGACGAAGACGACGACUACGACGGCCGCGGCCAUGGCCAUGAAGGGUUACAACUCGUUCCCACGAGCGAGCAAAGCGAGGUUUAACGCUAAUUCGAUUUUGUACAGAGAUUAAGGCAUCCAUUGCAUUAAUUGAUAUUAUAUUUCAAAUUUUCCAGAUUAUCUUGUU